GCGGCAACAUGGCGUCAAACCAGUUAAGUGAUGAAGAGCUCAGAGAGGAACUUUCCACGUUUGGACCAAAAGUGGGUCCCAUCACCGAUUCGACGCGAGACAUUUAUAUGAAAAGGUUGCAUAACCUGCGAGCUGGACAUCUCAAUACAGCGAAAAAGGGUCAGGUAAACGUCCAAAGGCCUUCACGUAAGCUCAUCGGUUUUAGUUCUGAUGAAUCAGACCGGGAGACGGCCACUGGCGCCGUCGAAACAAGAACUAGAAGUAAAAGUCGCAAACUUGGCAAGCCCAUUAGCGCAGCAGCUAGUGUGCCCAGACAGGCUAACCCCAGCACUAGUAACCUUGCCCGUGUAUCAAUAGGUAAAAAGACAUUACAUGACGUGAACAAUAGCACUGGCAGUGGUAAUCGUUACACACGUAGCAGAACCGUGAGCUCAAAAACCAACAGCAGCACACCUUGGCAGAACAAUCACCAGAAUAAUACACCCGCAAAAGACGUUGAAUUUGACUCUUCUGACUCCGAGGGCGAGGGCCGAAAGAGAACGCCCGAACGUUCCAACAAUGCCUCCUUCUCUGUCAACCCUCGGGCUCGGACAACGACCAACCUCAAUCAGACGUUCACACGAAAUUCACUGCCAACCAACCGCCGCGUACAAUCCGAACUGACGCCUUCUCCGCGCAGCAGUACACCAUUAGGGGAAGCUAGUAGUAGCACGUUCUCAAGCAGCGGGCAUAACUCCGUUGAUGCCAGCCCAAAUCUGGGCCUGUACAAGCGACGUCUGGAAAAACUAGAUGCUGAACUGCAGUUGCAGAAAGAGUUCAAGUCAGACAACCCUGUGCAGAGGAGUUACAUGACCUACAUGUCGUGGGUCAUUGUCUUGCUCACAGCUGCAUUCUUCCUCUUGCUCGGCAUGCUAUACCUGAGCGGAGUGAAACAGAGGAUCGUGUUGUUUGGGGACCCUGACACACAGAAGCUCCAAGCCGACAAUCUGCUGUUGUGUGGGAAACUCUCAACUCUUGAGGGGAUUGCCUACGAGAACUGCUACACAGAAGCAGAAGCACAGAAAGCACUGAAAUAUGUUGAUGUACUGUCAAAAAAGCUCUCACAAGAAGCAGGCGAUUACAGAUGUAAAGGUGACUACACCGGUACUGGUAGUCUUACAAAGGAGACGGCGUUGGACUAUUUGCAAGAUGCGUUAGGAGAGAAGUCCUUCCUUGAGACAUCAGAUACACUCGACAUUGCGAUGCACCUGGCAGCCGUUAACCAGCACUGGGGCAUUCGCCUGAAGAACAGACGUGGCGCGCCUACCGACUCUAUGUCCAGCGUUACGUGGCUGGAGUCGGUAUAUCCCACAAUGCCCCUGCUGUGUCGUAUUUGGCGCUCAAUACAGCUGAUCCUCAACAGAGUCUUUCUCCUGCUUCUGGUGUUGUUGACUGUCGCCAUAUCAACAAAGAUAGUGCGUGACCGAUUGCAACAGAAUUCCAGAGUGCAGCAAGAGAUGUAUCAAAUGGUUGAGAAAAUUAUUGAUAUAUUAAAAACACAUUAUGACAAUUGCCAAACAAACAAAGAUUUGAAACCAUACCUAGCUAUACCUCAUGUACGGGACAUGUUGAUCCCACAUAACCAGAGACAAGCAGCAAACAGAGUGUGGCUGAAAGCAGUCUCCUUCCUGUCAGAGAACGAGUCUCGUGUUCGCGUCGAGGUCCAACCGAUCGCCGGAGAAGACUUCACCGUGUGGCGUUGGCUGCCUGCCUGCGGAAACAGUGUGGGCUCGUCAAACAGUAAGGUGUGGCAGGGGUCGGCCUUUGAAAACCAGCAAAAGAUGGUGAAUUACUGCCCGACGCCCUGCUUGAAGAUACGCAAUAUGUUUGACAAGGACAUUGAGCACGGGAGUGACUGGCGUGUCACCGUGCAGGAUGCCAUCUUGGAGAAGUGUGCGGAUAACCACGACAUUGUCCAUAUCGCUGUCGAUACAUCCUCUGUAGAGGGUUGUGUGUACAUGAAAUGCAGCAGCCAUGCUGCAGCGGGAAAGGCCUACCAUGCACUUCACGGCUGGUGGUUUGACGGAAAGCUAGUCACCGUGAAGUACUUGCGACUGGAACGAUACCACGAGCGGUUUCCUGAUGCAAGAUGUGCGGUCACGCCACUUCAGCCAUCCAACGACAAGCGGGCCUCGCUGUCUGUGCCAUUCUAUAAGAGUACACUGGAGAUAACGUGAUAUGCCUUCCUGCUGGCGUCGCGCGAUCGUCAUCAUCGUAUAAUGGUCUUAACAUUGCCGAAAUCUCCACUCCGUGUUUUAGAGUCGGCGUCGAGAUGGCUGCAAAGAUUGCAUUUCAGGAAUCUAACGUGGAAUUGUAAUAGUUUAUCUGUACACCAGCACAGUCUAUGUGCAGAGUUUGGGAGUGCAGUUCUGAACUGCUGUUGUCACCAACCCAAAAUAAGUACAAGAUAACUGUUCCCUGUAUGAUACUCCACAACCAAUUCUUACUGUACAUAGUGCAGUUUUCAUAGACACGUCUGACAGAAGAGUGACCUGCGUUCUAUUCUGAAUGUUAUUACUAAUCAGUAAAGGUUAUACGUAUUAGUUUUGAAACGUGUAGGACGGUGUCUGGAGCUUUGUAUGGACCCUUAAAGCAGGUUAUACUGUCAGUUAUAGUUAGGUUUCAGUUCGUAGCAGAAACACAAAAGAUGGUUUGCGUUGGCAGCAUUUUGUGUUAAGCCAGCACAGGGAGUAAUACGUAGUCGGGCAUGUAUUCACAGACCGGUGCUACUAUAAAGGGUGAGGAAACUGGUUGGACCUCUUGCAUGCAUGAGAUCAGUGUUUAAAGUUGCUUAACCUCGCAGCUAAAUGCAUAUAUAUACCUAGUGUGAGCUCGUCUAUGUUGCAAAAAUUCACUAGAACUCAUUUGUAUUGCUUCUUUCGUAACAU